CACCGGCUGUGCUUCCGGUUUGUGCGUCCGCGGAAAGCGACUCGGGGGAAGCGAUUGGCGGAGAAACUCGCUCCGGAACAGGAGACUCUGAUCUGCGGUUGUAAGCCGAGAAAGGCGCCUUACCAACACCUCAGCAGAGCCACGGCGGCAGACAACCGUGCGCUGGUCGGGGAGUUAAAUCAUACCGUAUCGCUCUGAGGGUUCAGGGAUGAACUAAGAAUGAAUGUCAACCAGCAACCACACAUCGCCACUCCAUACGGGCAGCCUCCGCUUCAGGGCUAUCAGGUGUACGGCCAGCCGGGGUAUGGGGGGCCCCACGCCACCCCUUAUGGGCCUUACAAUGGCCACAAUGCAGCGUACCAGCAGGACGCGCCCCCGCAGCCCCCAGGCUAUUCCCCCUAUUCCAGCUUUCCCUCUAAGACCUUUGCUGCCGCCGGCCUAUCCUCUGACCCGUCUUCUUCCUCCUUUGGCCUAGGUCCCGGCCGAGUGCUCCCCAGUUCAGGGACUCCUCCAGUUUCAGCUCCUGGCUACGGCCAGUACCCCCAGGCGGAGGUGCAGAACGGGCCUGCCCCAAUGACCAGCCAGCCCCCGAGACCCCCAGACUCGCAGGCCUACGGCCAAGUCCCUGUCUCUCUGCCCACUGCGCAGCCUUUGUAUCAUCAGCAGUAUCAGGCUCCACCCACGAGCACCCAGCAAGUGACCAAUCAGAUGGCUGGCAUGCAGAUUGGCACUGCUCCAUCCCAAGCUGGUCCUUAUGCUCCACCCACUUCCUCUCACCUGCCGACUUCUGCUGCUUUUCCGACACCUGGCAACCCCUCUUACACUUCUCAAGCAGUCCCUCCAUCUCAGCCUCCUGUGAACGUCGGCGUCCCGCAAGGGCCCCAUCCUGCUUAUGGAGGCCCCCCCCAUGUCCCCCAGCAGCCUUUCCCCGGCUCUGCCCUCCCGCCUGUCUCGCAGCAGUCAUUCCCCACGGCUCCCACUCCUUCCACACAGGCCUCGCUGGGGGGCCCACCCCUGCCGCAGCCCUACGGUGCAGGACCCCCUGUCUCUGCUCACUCUCAGUUCCCUGGAUCUUUGCCCCCCCACCAAGCUGCAGUUUCUCAGCCCUCGCCCUACCGCUCGGCCCCCCCUCCCACUGGCUUUCCUUCCUCUGGGGGUGCCCCUGCCCCACCUAGACCCACCCUAGGCAUGCAAGGACCUCCAUUCCCUCCUCAAUCCGUAUCGGCCCCCCCGGGACCCCAGCCGAACCACAUCGGUGCGCCGCCUAUGCAACCGGGGGUGCCCGUUGGCCCCCCAACAGGACCCCUGCCUCAGCAGAAUGGUGCUUUUGGGCAGAUGAGGGGCCCCCAGCCAGCAUAUGGGGCACCCUAUCCUGGGCAGCCGAAUUUUGGUUCUCAACCCCAGACACCUGCCCCAGGACCACCAGCCCAGAAACGACUGGACCCCAACUCGAUUCCCAGCCCGAAAGCCUCAGAAACGCAACCGGCGCAGAAAACGAGACAUAGAAUAGACCCAGAUGCUAUCCCUAGCCCAAUUCAGGUCAUCGAGGACGACAAAGCCAGCAAAAGUGGCGAGGUCUUUAUGACUGGGGUGAGGGGUCAAGCUCCGCCCCUGGUCACAACCCCCUUCCAGGUCAAAGAUCAAGGGAACGCUAGCCCCCACUUCAUCCGGUGUACGGCUUACAACAUGCCCUGCACCUCCGACAUGGCCAAGCAGUCCCAGGUGCCGUUAGCCGCCAUCAUCAAGCCGCUGGCCGUGCUGCCUGAAAACGAGGGGCCGCUGCCUGUCGUGGACCACGGAGAAGGUGGCCCCAUCCGCUGCAACCGCUGCAAGGCCUAUAUGUGCCCCUACAUGCAGUUCAUCGAGGGCGGCCGGCGCUUCCAGUGCGCCUUCUGCAGCUGCGUCACUGAGGUUCCCCCCCAUUACUUCCAGCAUCUGGACCACACAGGGAAGCGCGUGGACUGCAAUGAGCGGCCGGAGCUGUCCCUGGGCAGCUACGAGUUCCUGGCCACCGUGGAGUACUGCAAGAACAACCAGCUCCCCCUGCCACCUGCCUUCAUCUUCCUCAUCGACGUGUCGUACAACGCCGUGCGGAGCGGCAUGGUCGCCGUGGUGUGCGAGGAGCUCUGCGCGCUGCUCGACACUCUGCCCAGCGAGCCUGGCACAGACUCCCCCAUCAGGGUGGGCUUCGUCACCUACAACAAGGUGCUACAUUUCUACAACGUGAAGAGCUCGCUGGCCCAGCCGCAGAUGCUGGUGGUGUCUGACGUGGCCGACAUGUUCGUCCCCUUGCUGGAUGGCUUCCUGGUCACAGUGGGCGAAUCGCGCACCGUCAUUCACAGCUUGUUGCAGCAGAUCCCGGAGAUGUUCGCCGACACGAGGGAGACUGAAACUGUAUUUGGGCCGGUUAUCCAGGCAGGGCUUGAGGCCCUCAAGGCGGCAGACUGUGCCGGAAGGCUCUUCAUCUUCCACUCUACGCUCCCCAUCGCCGAGGCCCCUGGCAAGCUGAAGAACAGGGAGGACAAGAAGCUUGUGGGAACCGACAAAGAGAAGUCUCUGUUUCAGCCCCAAGUGAGUUUCUAUGGAAACCUGGCGAAGGAGUGUGUGGCACAGGGCUGCUGUGUGGACCUGUUCCUCUUCCCCAACCAGUACUUGGAUGUGGCCACCCUGGGGACGGUGCCCUGCUCCACCGGGGGCUCCGUGUAUAAAUACAGCCACUUCCAGCAGGCGCAGACGGACCGCGAUCGCUUCCUCAACGACCUGCGGCGGGAUGUCAAAAAGCAGAUGGGCUUUGACGCCAUCAUGAGGGUGCGCACCAGUACAGGUAUCCGCGCCACCGACUUCUUCGGCUCCUUCUACAUGAGCAACACCACGGAUGUGGAGCUGGCUGGCCUGGACUGUGACAAAACUAUCACCGUGGAGUUCCGGCAUGACGACAAGCUGUGCGAGGACACUGGGGCCCUAUUGCAGUGCGCCGUGCUCUACACCAGCUGCAGGGGGCAGCGGCGGCUCCGUAUCCACAACUUGGCGGUGAACUGCUGCAGCCAGCUGGCUGAGCUCUACCGGCACUGCGAGACCGACGCGCUGGUCAACUUCUUCGCCAAGUAUGCGUACCGCAGCGUGCUCAGUAGUCCAACCAAAACGGUGAGGGACAGCCUGGUGAACCAGUGUGCCCAGAUCCUGGCCUGCUACCGGAAAAACUGCGCAAGCCCUUCGUCCGCAGGACAGCUGAUCCUGCCUGAGUGCAUGAAGCUGCUGCCCGUCUACCUGAACUGCGUUUUGAAGAGCGACGUGCUGCAGCCCGGGGGGGACGUCUCCCUCGACGACCGAGCAUACGUGCGCCAGCUGGUGUCCUGUAUGGACGUGGCCGAGAGCCACGCCUUCUUCUACCCGCGCCUGCUGCCCCUGCAUAAGCUGGAUGUGGGGGGCCUGGCCCUGCCCACGGCUGUGCGAGACUCCGAGGAGCGGCUGUCGCGGGACGGCUUGUACCUCCUGGAGAACAGCCUCAGCCUCUUCCUGUGGGUGGGGGUCGCCGCUCCUCCCGAUCUGUUGCGGAGCGUCUUUGAUGUCACGGCCUUCAGCGAAAUCAACCCUAACAUGACGAACCUGCCGACGCUCGAUAACCCUUUCUCCAAGAGGCUACAUGAAAUCAUUGAGAUGUUCAGAGAGCAGCGAUCACGCUACAUGAAGCUGAUGGUGGUGAAGCAGGAAGACCGCCUGGAGCCGCUCUUCAAACACUUUCUGGUGGAAGACAAGAGCAGCAACGGCGGUGCAUCCUACGUGGACUUCCUGUGUCACAUGCACAAGGAGAUCCGCCAGCUGCUCAGCUAAAGCGGGGCCCCCCCUCCCCGCACCCCAACCCACCAAUCACAGACUUGCUUCAAUUUUUUUUUUUAUUUCAAUGUAUUAAGCUAGAUUAAUUGCUCUCCCGUUAUGUCCCACCCUCCCUCCUUCGCCACUAUAACUGAAGGCUGAACGGAAGCUGAUCUAUGUAAACGAAGAAUUUUGCACCGUCACAUUUCCAGUGUUUUUAUGAACUAACUGCUUGGGUUAUAUUUCACUACUCGGCGGGCUUGAGCUGGCGUGUAGUAGAGGGCUUUCUCCAGGCUCGUGGUGCCGGUCGAGCCCUGAUCCAGGAUCAGGCGGGCGCCCAUUAAUCCCCACUGCAGGCAAACAAAAUGGUCAUCCGGAAUUGAUCCGGGAUCAGGGCUUGGAAGCCUGGGCACGAGCCGCGUUGGUGCCCCCGGUGGUGGGAGCGUGCCGUGACGGUAAGGUGUUUGGGAAACUGUGAAAUGCCGACUUUGCUUGUAAAGGGUGUGCUGUCUGAAACACUAGCACUGAAUGAUCUCAUGUACAAAAAAGCACCACACUGGUCCCGGGAUUGACAGACUUUUGUAAGAUUUAAAGUGAAAUUCGCUCCAAAUCACUCGCUUUAACAUAUUAAAAAGUGUAAGAAAAAUAAAUCUGAUUUUUUUCCAGUCUGA